GAAGAAAUGAGCGAGCUGGCAGAGUCGAUUGAAAUGGCUACUCUGGACAAAGAAAUGGCCGAGGAAAAAUUGGAGACAAUUAAUUUGGAAUUGGAGACUCUGAAGGAGCGUGUCGAAGAGCUGACACUAGAGAACCAGAUUUUGAAGGACGAACAGGAGCAAACGUCAGCUACCCCUAGUGGUGAUGGGGCCCCAACCACUGCGCAGGUUAAACAGCUGGAGCAACAAAACGAGCGCCUGAAAAUGGGUCUGGUUCAAUUUCGGAACCUUGCUAACCAGGAUAAAGAGGAGAUAACUUCAUUGACCAAGGAGGUGAGUAUUUCCGAACUCGCAGUGAUCUCUCUUCAAAAUGAGGCAGAUAAACUGAAGAAGGAAAAUGACAGGUUGAAUGAGGAGCUCAAGCAGUCUCUGGAACACACGAUCGAGCUGAAGGAGCAAGUCGACGCCGCCCUGGGUGCCGAUCAGAUGGAAGCUCUCUGUGAUAUGAACAAUGAGUUGCUCGAAGGCCAACGCGACACAGAAUUGGAGUUGCGCGAGCAGGUGGAGUUGGCAAGAGCACAGGUGCAGGAGCUUUUGCGCCACCACGAAGCAAGCAAAGAGACGGUGGCUGACUACGAACUCACCCUGUCGAAGUUCCGCGAACUGGUUACCGAUCUACAGAACCAGAAUACCAAUUUAGCACAGUCUCUAGCCGAUGCUCGUCGAACGGCCAGCCAGGCCAGCCUUGUAUCGAUGGCCGCAGCCGUCGAUCCAUCAAUCUCUGCCGAUGCUGCCAGUGCGCUCAUGCAGCUAUCUGGCAGACCAGGUGGUCGCCAGCCAGAGGCACAAACUGUGGCGAAGGUCUGUUCUCUCCUUCUUCCCAUCCUUCGCUGUGCCUCCCCUUGUCUACUUUCCUUUCAAUUUUAUUUAUUUAUGACAGUCCAAAAGUCUAACCGGUUACUUUGCUCACACCUUUCCUUUUGGCUGAAACACUGCCAAGUGCAUUUUUGUUGUCACAGUCCCUUUGACUUUUCGCAGGUUAUUGAGACUGAACUAAGACGUCUGGACGUUGACCAGGGCGUCCGUCACGUAGAAUUGCUGUCUGCCUUCUUGCCUGAAUCUUUUGACCGCCGUGCCGGUGAUCACGAUGCCAUCAACCUACUCCUGUUAAUCGAUCGUCUCAUUGUAAAAUGUGAAUUACUUUCAACGCAGGUCAGUUCUACAGUUUUCGCGUUCUGCGUGUAUUUUUGCACUUUGUAG